AUGCAGUCAAACGCGACGCCAUCACCCAAAAGUAGAAGUCUACGAGCUAAUAUAGCAGAACUAGCCCACCGACCUCUAGUUCUGCCCACAGCUUCCGAUGCAUCAGCCAGCGGGAAAAGCGCCUUGGCUGCAUUCAAGGAAGUGGAAAAGCCAACGGGGAUCAAAUUGCUCAAGGUGUACAACCAACUUGCGAAAUCUAAUCUCACAAUUUUGGUCGUGCUCACCUCGAUGUCGGGUGUUGCUUUAUCCCCCUUUCCUGCGACGAUACCGGUACUGCUAGCGACGGCACUCGGCACCGUGCUCUGCUCGGCCUCUGCGAACACGCUGAACCAGCUGCAGGAGGUGCCGUUUGACGCGCAGAUGGCGCGGACCAGGAUGCGCCCGUUCGUGCGGAGGGCGAUUACACCUCUGCACGGCCUCGGGUUCGCAAUCACCACCGGAAUUGCGGGGCCAGCGAUUCUGUGGGGCAUGACGAAUGCGACGACGGCGUGUCUAGGGCUCGCGAACAUUGUGCUGUACGCCGGAGGAUAUACCUGGCUGAAGCGCAGGAGCAUCGCGAACACCUGGGUUGGCGCGGUGGUCGGUGGUAUUCCACCUCUGAUGGGAUGGACCGCAUGCGGCGGGCGCCUGUUGCCUGAAACGUGGACACUGGAGUCGCUACCGCUGUUCCUGCCCCCGUUUAUCGCAGACGCGGCGUCCAUGCCCGUGCCAGUAGCCGAUCUGACAACGCUGGACAACCCGUUGGCGCCGUUCGCGUUCUUUAUGUUCCUGUUCAGCUGGCAGUUCUUCCACUUCAUGCCGCUGUCGCACAUCGUGCGGCACUCGUACGCGCAGGCGGGGUACCAUAUGCUGGCGGUAUUUGACCAGCGGAAGAACGCGCUCGUCGCACUGCGACACACACUGCUGCUGGUGCCAGUGUGCAGCGUGCUGUUCCCAAUAUCGGGGCUGACGACAUGGUGGUUUGCGGCGACAACACUGGUGCCGAACGCGAUAUGUGCGCGCGGGGCAUGGCGGUUCUGGCAAAAGGGCGGGGAGAAGGAGGCGCGGGUUCUCUUUCAGCAGAGUCUAUGGUACCUGCCUGUAGUGAUGGGCCUGAUGAUGUUCCACAAGCAGGGCAUGUCGUGGCUUGAAUGGCUCGGAAUAGUCGAUAAGGAGGAAAACAUAAACACUGUAGAGACUUGA